UCGUCCUAUUGGUAAGAGUUCGUAUCAAGAAAGGUAUCUUUACUUGUAUAGAAAGAAUGAAUGGAAAGUAUUAGAGGACUAUGUAAUUGAUGAUCAAAAAAUGGGUAAUAAAUUUAUCAGAGAACCUUAUGUUGUCAGAUUUCAACAUUUAAGAAAGCCUAACGUGAAAGUUACCCUUGUUGGUUGCCAUACACAACCACAAAAUGCUUAUAAUGAAAUAAAAACUCAUUUAUGUUGUUGCCUAAAUGACGUAUCUUCUAAAGAUGGUGAAAAUGAUGAACCUAUAAUUUUAAUGGGGGAUUUUAAUGCAUCAGGUUCUUAUCUCAACAAACGAGAGCUUUCAAAACUUGAUGGAAUAUUGCGUAAAAACAAUCUGAUUUGGGGAAUUCAACAUUCAAGCAAUACCACUUUGGCUGCGAGAGAUGCCGCUUAUGAUCGAUUUAUAUUUGAGAAGGCAAGUGUACGAGAAUGGAUUGGGCAUACUCGUGUAUGGAGAUUUGAUGAGGCUUGGAUAAAUGAAAAA